GAAAACUGAGAACCUCUGCUUUUCAUUUCUCCUCCACCUCUCCUCACCUAUUUUCCGAUCAAUCAAAUGUCCAAGUGUUGGCGCGCCGCCGCUGGCGUUCUCAGAAACGCCAAUCAGACACCUGCACACCGCUCCUACCACACGAUUCAAGCCGUUCCCAGAGAGCUCUCCGGCCACCGGAUCUCCGCCCGCGAACGUGCUCAGGGACGCAUCCCCGCCGUCGUUUUCUCCCAAAAAUACGUCCAGAAGAACCCUAGUGACCCCACCUCCUUCGUCGCCUCCACCUCUGUCUCCCAGAAACUGCUCCUAACCACCGAGCGCAAGCAGAUUAAGUCCAUUCUCAAGGACAUUGAGCUGCCCUUUUUCUGCUCCACCGCUUUCCCUCUCCAGAUCCGCGCCGGUUCAGGUUCUUCCACCAUACUUCAGAAUGGAAAGGUUCUUCCCAUCAAGAUACAUAGGGAUUAUGAUGGGAACAUACUGAAUUUGGUGUUUGCAUGGGCGGAGCAUGGUUCGGAGCUUAAGGUUGAGGUUCCGAUUGUUUAUACAGGAGAGGAUGCUUGUCCCGGUGUGAAGAAAGGUGGUACUUUAGUUAAGAUAAGGAAAUCCUUGAAGUACAUGUGCCCAUCCGAACACAUUCCUCAAAAAAUUGAAGUUGAUGUGAGCAAUCUGGACAUCGAGGACAGAGUGUCCAUACAUGACCCGGUGGUUCAUCCAAGCCUGAAGCUGUUGAGUAAGAAUGAGACAAUACCUAUUUGUAAGGUCAAGGCAACAUACAUAGACAUAGAAAACACAAAAGAGGCAUAAAUAAGCACAGACAUUGCUGCUUAGGAAUGUGCACAACUUUUUGGAGCCCAGUUGACUGGUGUUGUUCAAGCUGGCAGGCCACUCGGUGCUAUUUUUCUUUGACACAAAGACAACAUUUCAGGUACUGGCUUUUCAUUAGUUGGGCCGUGUAAUAAGAUAUGUGAAAUUAUUUUGUGAUUCAAAGUUAGUGGUCUCUAUGUAUGCAAAGGAGUUUAGUCAACUACUUUAGUGCUAUGCUUUCGACCUCAUUUUCUUCAUAUGUAUUCCACAAGGAUUUUGUGGUAUUGGUCUAAUGAAAAUAUUGGGAGAUCUGUGCCAUCAUAAUGACGAUUGAAGACGACCUGGAAAUUUUGUCAUGA